AUGACAACAGAGCCAGGUGACGCUCAGCCCACCGAGGCGGAGUCUUUCCCUGAAGCCGCCGCCCACUCCACACCAAAACAGGGAGGAGAGGGGGGGCCGUCCCAGAGCCAGGCACACAGCUCAUUGGCCGAGGACUCGACCAGUCACCUGUCGUCGAGCAGUCGGAUCGCUCGCUCUCCGGCGAGGAACCCGCUGAGCUUCAGGACGAUGCAGACCAGAGUGACCCUUCUGGACGGGUCGCUGUUCACCUGCACGGUGGAGAAACGAGCUCGAGGUGUGCAGCUGUUUGAGAAGGUCUGUGAACACGUCAACCUGCUGGAGAGAGACUACUUCGCUCUGUCCUUCAGAGACGCAGACAACAACAAGGUACCUGUCUAUGAGUGUGGCUCCGACUACGUCAGCGAGCUGCGUUUUGCUCCCAACCAAACCAAGGAGAUGGAGGAGAAGAUCAUGGAGCUGCACAGAACCUACAGAGGAAUGAGUCCCGCUGAAGCAGAGAUGCACUUCCUGGAGAACGUCAAGAAGCUCUCCAUGUACGGAGUGGACCUCCAUCACGCCAAGAUGGUAGGAAGCCGCUUUGAUUGCUUGUCUCCGGCUCAGUCCGAGGACUCGGAGGGCGUGGCCAUCAUGCUGGGCGUGUGCAGUAGCGGCCUGCUGGUCUACAGAGACAGACUGAGGAUCAACAGAUUCUCGUGGCCAAAGAUCCUGAAGAUUUCGUACAAACGGAACAACUUCUACAUUAAAAUCCGACCAGGAGAGUUUGACCAGUUUGAGUCCACUAUUGGUUUUAAGCUGCUGAACCACAGAGCAGCGAAGAGGCUGUGGAAGGUCUGCGUGGAGCAUCACUCCUUCUUCAGGCUGGUGUCUCCAGAGGAGCCUCCGAAGAAGUUUCUGUCGCUGGGCUCAAAGUUUCGCUACAGUGGUCGCACUCAGAUCCAGAGUCGCAGAGCCAGCGCCCAGAUCUCCAGACCGGCACCACAUUUCCCACGAUGCAUCAGCAAGAGGAACAUGCUGAGUCGCAGUCUGGAUGGAGCUCCAAGGGUGACGCCCACCUCCUCUCUGAUUGGCUCUCCAGCCAUCACAGCGUCUCCCAAAGCCAACGGUGGUGCACACACAGAUAUGGGCUCGGGUCUGUACGGAGCAUCGAAGGCCAUCGCCGUCAGUGACCUCAUCACCACCGUGACCCCCGAGAGGAGGACGGAGGAGCAAUGUGAGAAUCUGCAGGUGGAGGAGCUGCAGGUGGAGGAGCUGCAGGUGGAGGAGCUGCAGGUGGAGGAUGAAACCAAAGCUACAGAUGUUUCUCAGACCAGUCCUCAGAGUCCACAGAAACUCGACACCAAGACUGAGCUGACUGAUACAGCUGUGGACGGAGACCUGACAGCCACCGAGUCUGAUCAGGAUGAGGAUUUGAAAACUCAGACGUUGGGGAGUCCCGAGGAGGUGCAGAACCCUCAGAGCACCAUCAGUGCUCUGAGACGCUCCUUCUUAGAGGGAGGAGACGGAGGAGGAGGGAUGACAGAGUGGGAGAAGCGUCUGGCCUCCUCACCUCUCCGACGAGUCGACGACUCCCCGAUGAUCGAACCCCUCGAACCCGAAGAGACUUCAGAGAAAGUGGAGACAGUCUUCCUGCUUCCAGCUGAGUCACAUGACAAGGACCAGCCAAUGGCAGAACAGGUAGCAACUGCAAGCCUUUUGGGCCCGCCUCCUAGUAACCCCCCACCCCCUCCACCAGGGGCCGGUGACGUCUCAGAGCAAUGGAACUGUGACGGCAACGAUGCUAACAAUGCUAACCAGGCUAAUAGCCCGGCAGGCAAACAUGAUGUCAGCGAUGAUGAUAGCAGCAGCCAGACAAGUGAUGAUAAUGCUAGUGAGGCUAGCGAGGAUGCUAUCAGUGUGUUAGCACAGGAAGCAGUGGAGGAAGCCAUGGAGGCUGCAGUCAGACAGGCUAAUGAUGCUAACAAUGCUAACCAGGAUAGCAUCAAUGCUAACUUCGCACUCACCCAUGGUGAGCAGAUGCAAGCUAGCAUGGAAGCUAACAGCCCAACCAUACCCCGCUCUGUCCUCGCUGGGACGCAGCAUUACCAUGACAGCGAAGACUCCGACCACUCACAGGAGGAUGAGGGGGGGUGGAGCUUUGAGGAAAACUCCCCUCCGCCCUCUUUGCCCCGCCCCACAUCCAGGCUAUCGGCCAAUCAGACGCAAUCAUCCGCCCACAGCGACGAUGAUGGUGACGAGUCCCAAUCCCUGCAGGAGGCCCUGGCGGAGGCGCUUAGCGAGGCGCGACGGCAGCAUCCUGAGCUGUCUGUCACCAGAGUCGUCGUCCAUAAAGAAACCGAGGUCUCUCCCGAUCACGUGAUUGAUUAA